AUGAGCUGGCCCAAACUGCCCGCUCGGGCGGCUUACCUGGCGUUGAAGAACCCGCAACAUCGCAAUGCCCUCUCACUCUCUGUCCUCAAGGAUCUGAAGCAGCAGUUGGUUCAAUAUAACACUUCACCGGUAGACGGAGCGCUGAGAAUACUCCCACCAUUUCGGCCCAAUGUGCUGGACGACUUGGAAGCUGUGGCUGACGGCAGAGCGGAAGGGACAGAAUUGGACGCUGAUCUUCGCUGGCUACUGGAUGCUGAGACCUGGAGGAGAGAGCGUGCAGGCUUACCGAGCGUCAUCGUUCUACGCAGCGAAGGGCCAGUGUUUUCUUCUGGACAUGACUUGGCCGAGUUGCAAAAGAUGUCCCGCGACGAGGUGAAGGAGACGUUUAUGCACUGUGCCGACUUGAUGUGCCUGAUCCGAAGAUCUCCAGCUCCCGUCGUUGGAGUAAUUCAAGGACUCGCCACGGCCGCUGGAGCACAAUUGGCUUUGAGUACAGACCUGCCGAUAGCAGCCGCAGACACUCCAUUCCAAUUACCGGGUGCAUCGAUCGGACUGCCUUGCACCUCGCCUUCCACAGCGGUGUCAAGAAGACUCGGACCGGCCUUCGCUUACCGCAUGAUGGCUUUGGCAGAGCCAAUGCCAGCUGAUCAGCUUCCUGGUGGCGCUGUUGGAGUUGUAUCCGGCCCUGGCGAGCUGGAACGGAGAGUCAAGCAGAUUACCGCCAAGCUGUCAGACGAGUACGCCACACAGCCUCAGGCGCUGGGGAAGUGGGCGUUCUGGACACAAAUGGGAAUGAACGGCUCGAAGAAUGGGGGCGACGGCUACGAAGAUGCAGUGCCGCUGGCUGCCAGGAUCAUGGCUUUGCACGCAAAAUCAGCCGACGCCAGGGAGGAGGGUAUUGGCGCAAUUUUCGAAAAGCAGAGGCCACUGUGGAAGACUUGA